UCCGGCCGCCGCCAUGCCGGGCCGCAUCUCGGUGUUCCCGUCCCCGCAGGAGCUGGGCUCGGCCCUGGCGCAGCUCGUCGUGCAGCGGGCGGCCGGGAGCGGCGGCCGCUUCUCUCUGGGUCUGUCCGGAGGCAGCCUGGUGGGGCUCCUGGCCCGGGAGCUGCCCUCAGCCGCCUCCACCGGAGCCGCCAACGGGUCGGGCCCGUGGCUCUUGGCCUUCUGCGACGAGCGCCUGGUGCCCCCCGAGCACCCGGAGAGCACCUUCGGGGCGUACCGGGCUCAGCUGCUGCCGCGGCUCCCGGCGCCAGCCCCGACGGUCCUCGCUGUCGCUCACGGGCUCUCUCCGAACGCCGCGGCGGCGGAUUAUGCCGAGAGGCUGCGAGAG